CAUGUGGGACACGAUUAUCUUAAGACACGGUUGCAGUAGUUAUUCUAGGUGUACAUAUGUCAGUGGCCUGUGUGGAGUACAAGGAAAUAUUUCUUAUUGGUGAGUUCUAGAACUGCUUGUCUGUGUCAUUCCUGCAGAAGCAAAACAACAUUCACCUCCAGUGACAUUAGCCAUGCAAAGUACACGGAUGUUAGUUGAUAGAAUAUAUGGAUGACCUUUGAUACUAUCUAGACAGCUAGCUUUGCUAUUGAAAUGUCUCUUGUUUUAACGUAAAAAAAAAUCCUUAAAUUAAAUCAGUUCACUGCUAAAGGAAGAUAAGAUGUGAAAAACGUCGUCUAUAUAGCUGAAUAUGCAUCAAGAAGCACUGUUGUGCUGAAUAAUUAAUAAUGAAAAAGACGGUCUUCCAACAACAUGGAUUGGGGAACUCUUUAUGAUGUCAUUGGAGGGGUCAACAAAUAUUCCACCAGCAUUGGCAAAAUUUGGCUUUCGGUGCUUUUCAUAUUCCGUAUAAUGAUCCUGGUGGUGGCUGCAGAAAGUGUUUGGGGCGAUGAACAGGCAGACUUUAACUGCAACACCUUACAGCCAGGAUGCAAAAAUGUCUGCUAUGAUCACCACUUCCCAGUGUCUCACAUCAGGCUCUGGUGCCUUCAGCUCAUUUUUGUAGCAACACCGGCACUGUUGGUUGCCAUGCAUGUGGCCUACCUGAGACAUGGAGAGAAAAAGCGACUACAAAAGAAGGGAGAAUGUGAUGAAAAGCACUUGGAAGCUCUGAAGAAUCGUAAAGUUAAAAUUCAGGGCACAUUGUGGUGGACAUAUACCACCAGCAUCUUGUUCAGAGUCAUAUUUGAAGCUGCUUUCAUGUACCUCUUCUACUUUCUCUACACCGGUUUCCAUAUGCAACGCCUGGUCCGAUGUUCAGACUGGCCAUGUCCGAAUCUUGUUGACUGUUUCAUUUCUCGGCCUACUGAAAAGACAGUUUUCACCUUCUUCAUGGUGAUUGUGUCCGGCAUCUGCAUGGUCCUCAAUGUGGCUGAGUUGUGUUAUCUUGUCAUCAAGGCUUCAGUGAGAAGAUCCAAUAAAAGACACGCUGCCAAAAAAUCCUCCAACCACUCCUCCUGUACUGGAAAAGAAGAGAAACAGAACAUGUUAAAUGAGCAAAAAGAGCAAUGAACCCAGACCUGUCAAAGUGUCCUUUAUGGUUUUUUUUGUUGAACCCAGCCUGCCAUUGUGUCCAACGAAAAAUGAUUUGGUUCAUGUUCUAGACAAGCAGAAUAGAUCUGAGAAUAUAGGAGUCACAUGACUAAAAAGGGAACAUUUGUGGAUCCAGAAUAAGAAGCUGUAGAUAAUUAAUUACCGUAAAUAGUAUUUCUGCCUUUUUUAUGUUUUUUGGUGGGUUUUAUUUUCACUAUUUAUGUUACAACCGAGAAUUGUUACUGAUGUGAGUAACAGACCAAUUUUGUAAGUUUCACGACUGUAUUUUAAUGGAAAACACUGCCACUUUUCCUAUUGAGAGCUAAAUGUGCAAUGAGAUGUGCUGGAAGUAAGGCUUGACUGAAAUAUACUGUAUCAAUAACUUUUUCCAGGCCUCGAAAUGUUUUAUACAAAAACAUAAUAGAAGAAAUGUUAUGACCUUAGUAAAGUGUGUGCACUAACAUAUACUUGAGAUCCAUAGGAUUAUCCUAACCCUACCUAGAACUGCCUAAAAGUGUACAUAUUGCUGCCGUGUAUACAUUUGCUGCUAAGGAUGUGACCUUAGCAGGAAAAAAGUUAGAUGCUUCCUUACUCAAGGUGGGACUGUGUUAUGUGUUAUUUUACUUUUGAGAAGAAAACAAGGACAAUAUUAAAUUUCUAUUUUCUGCAACUACCUGCUGGUUUGACCACUGCCUAUGCUGGAUUUCUGCUGUUUUUCCACCUGGCGGGGUGUUCAUGCUUGUAUUUUGGAUUUACAGCUAAAAAGUUUCUUUCUAUGUGAAAAAUCUAGAACAAUACGAUUCUUGAUGUAGCAAAUGAAUGGCCAGAUUUGAAUAUUUUUUGUCUACUUCUUGGGGGAUGUUCAUAGCUGCAUUUCCAGCAAUAGGUCACUAGAGGGAGCGAUGCAAGUACAAAUGUCAGAAUGUGCAAAA